UUUUGCGAUUCCACACUCAUUCCUCUGAAUGCUUCGUCGGCGGCGCUAUCAGCUUUUGCACCGCCGGCUCACUGAACCUCCAUUGCACUCAACUUCCAUCGGCCUUGCUCACAUUGCUCCCUUCCGUCGCACUCCUUCCCGGUUCUUCUUCGUCGCAGCCCUUCCGUCGGCCUUGCUCGCAUCGCUCCCUUUCAAACCCUAAUGCCAUUGCUUUCAACUUGCUUUGUCUGUCCUACAAACCAAGGCAGAGACAAAAAUUGACAAAGCCAGAAAAGUUAUAUCUGAAAAAGAUGCAGAGUUGCACGAUGCUGAAGAAAGUCUUACGGGUCUCAAAGAGGUGGUGGAAAACCGGUGAGUUUUUGAUAAAGAUCCCUUAUGCAAAAGAAGGAGUGGUUGAAGCAUAUUUUUGGCCAUUAGCCAUAUCCUGUGAUCCAAAAUAUAGCACUGCAAGAAUGUUGAUGACCAAAUCGGUUGUAUGCAUCUCUUUUCUUGAUGAUACUUAUGAUGCCUAUGGCACACUCCAAGAACUUGAGCUUUUCACACAGGCAAUCCAAAGGUGGGAUAUUAGUCUCAUUAAAUCUCUUCCAGAAUGCAUGAAAACCGUAUUUAAUACAAUUUUAGAAAUGUGGGAUGAAAUAGAGUCAGUGACUUCAAAGGAUGAAAUUUCAUGUUUGGUGUUGCAACAUAUUAAACAAGAGUUUUUUAACUUGGCACAAUCCUACUUGGUUGAAGCAAAAUGGUGCCAUGGGGGCUAUAUUCCAACAUAUGAUGAGUAUAAGGUUAAUGGAGCUAUAUCUUCUACCUUGCCACUUCAGAUCAUAGCUUUUCUUGGUUUGGUAGGAUUUGCAACAAAACAACUAUUUGAUUGGAUAAUGAGUGAUCCAAAAAUUGUAAAAGUUGUGUCACUUAUUGGCAGACUCAGGGAUGAUAUGGGCUCACAUAAGGUUGUAGAGGUAGUGCAAGCUGUAAAGAUGACCAAUGCUAGGGGGAAGUUAAAUACCCAAUCAAGUCAAAAUGCAAUCCAUCUUGAGGAAAAGGAGAAAAAGGAGAAGGAGAUGCGUAAUCAAAUCAUAAAGGAAGCUGAAGAGUACAAGAAAGCUUUCUACGAGGAGGAAACUCAGUUGUAAAACAACCAAAGCUAACAACAGAGAUAAAGAAAAGCUUCUAUUCCCUUUAGAAGGGCACUAAUUAGCUUGGCAACAGACACGGGACUCCAUCCUUUGGUUCCUUAUUUCUUACGCUUUGUAGCUGAUGAGGUGGCACAAAACUUGCAUAAUUUAACAAUUUUAUUUGCCUUGAUGCGUCUUGUUCGGAGCAUUCUACAAAAUCCUCACAUACAUAUAGAGCUUUAUCCCCAAAUUGAAAGUCACUAGAACUAGACCAGAUGUUGAGAAUUUGAUACUUGAGAAACAGAUGAGAAAUGGAAAAAUAUAAGGAGGCAGAGAAGCCUGAGGCAGACGAUCAAUUCAUGACCCCAUUGUUUGAAUUAAUGGACACAAUAAUGAUGAAUGGUUUCUAUAUAGAUGAAGUUCCAAUUUUAGAACCUAAUUAAGCAACCUUAUUGUAUAUUUUGACUUAAUUAGAGGACAAUAGUUGAUGUA